UGCCGAACCGCCCGUCAGUCCGCCCGCCAGCCGCCCGUUCAGUACGUCAGUCCGCGAGAGUCCGGUGGUGGGUGCGGAGCCUGCAUCCGUUCCCGCGGCCGCCUCCUCAUCCUCCUCGUUCGUCUCACCCCUACCCUGCACUCCCUUCCCCAUUCCGGCUCCGUCACCUUCCCGUCCCCCACACUCAGGACAAGAAUGCCCUGCCCGGAACAACCCAGCAGCGCCUAGAUGGCUUUGGUCACGGUCCAGCGAUCGCCUACCCCCAGCACCACCUCCAGCCCCUGCGCCUCGAGCUCUCAUUUGGAAGACAGUGAAUCGGCAGCAUUACUUUGCUGUGAAUGUGAAGAAUCAGAAAUCUUUAAUGAUUCCAAUGAGGCAGACAGUGGGGAGGAGGAAUGCCGGUCACAGCCCAGGAGCAUCAGUGAGAGCUUUCUGACUGUCAAAGGUGCUGCCCUUUUUUUGCCACGGGGAAAUGGCUCCUCCACACCACGAAUCAGCCACAGACGCAACAAGCAUGCAGGUGAUCUCCAGCAGCAUCUCCAAGCAAUGUUCAUACUACUCCGCCCAGAAGACAACAUCAGGCUGGCUGUAAGACUAGAAAGUACUUACCAGAAUCGAACACGCUAUAUGGUAGUGGUCUCAACUAACGGUAGACAAGACACUGAAGAAAGCAUCGUUCUGGGAAUGGAUUUCUCCUCUAAUGACAGUAGCACGUGUACCAUGGGCUUAGUCUUGCCUCUCUGGAGUGACACGCUAAUUCACUUGGAUGGUGAUGGUGGGUUCAGCGUAUCAACGGACAACAGAGUUCACAUAUUCAAACCUGUAUCUGUGCAGGCAAUGUGGUCUGCACUACAGAGUUUACACAAGGCUUGUGAAGUGGCCAGAAUGCAUAACUACUACCCAGGCAGCCUGUUUCUCACCUGGGUGAGUUAUUAUGAGAGCCAUAUCAACUCAGAUCAAUCAUCAGUGAAUGAAUGGAAUGCCAUGCAAGAUGUUCAGUCCCACCGGCCCGACUCUCCAGCUCUCUUCACUGACAUACCAACUGAACGUGAGCGAACAGAAAGACUAAUUAAAACCAAAUUAAGGGAGAUAAUGAUGCAGAAGGAUUUGGAGAAUAUCACAUCCAAAGAGAUACGAACCGAGUUGGAAAUGCAGAUGGUGUGUAACCUGAGAGAAUUCAAGGAAUUUAUAGAUAAUGAAAUGAUAGUGAUCCUUGGUCAGAUGGACAGCCCUACACAGAUAUUUGAGCACGUAUUCUUGGGCUCCGAAUGGAAUGCUUCCAACUUAGAAGAUUUACAGAACCGAGGGGUGCGGUAUAUUUUGAAUGUUACUCGAGAGAUAGAUAACUUCUUCCCAGGAGUCUUUGAGUAUCAUAACAUUCGGGUGUAUGAUGAAGAGGCAACAGAUCUCCUGGCUUACUGGAAUGACACUUAUAAAUUCAUCUCUAAAGCCAAGAAACACGGAUCCAAAUGCCUUGUGCACUGCAAAAUGGGGGUGAGUCGCUCAGCCUCCACUGUGAUUGCCUAUGCAAUGAAGGAAUAUGGCUGGAAUCUGGACCGAGCCUAUGACUAUGUGAAGGAAAGACGAACAGUGACUAAGCCCAACCCCAGCUUCAUGAGACAACUGGAAGAGUACCAGGGGAUCCUGCUGGCAAGCAAGCAGCGGCAUAACAAGCUCUGGAGAUCUCAUUCAGAUAGCGACCUCUCAGACCACCAUGAACCCAUCUGCAAACCAGGGCUAGAACUCAACAAGAAGGAGAUCACCACCUCAGCAGACCAGAUUGCAGAGGUGAAGACCAUGGAAGGUCACCUACCCAUACCUCCUGUCUUUGUAGAACAUGUCGUCCCACAAGAUGAAAAUCAGAAAGGCCUGUGUACCAAAGAAAGAAUGAUCUGCUUGGAGUUCACUUCUAGGGAAUUUCAUGCCGGACAGAUUGAAGAUGAAUUAAACCUAAAUGAUAUCAAUGGAUGCACAUCAGGGUGUUGUCUCAAUGAAUCAAAAUUCCCUCUUGACAACUGCCAUGCAUCCAAAGCCUUAAUUCAACCUGGACAGGCCCCAGAAAUGCCCCACAAGUUCCCAGACUUAACGGUCGAAGAUUUGGAGACAGAUGCGCUGAAAGUAGACGUGAACGUCCACUUACUGCCUAUGGAAGAAUUGACAUCUCGCCUGAAAGACCUUCCCAUGUCCCCUGACCCUGAGUCACCAAGCCCCCAACCCAGUUGCCAGACCGAAGUCGCAGAUUUCAGUACAGAUCGCAUUGAUUUUUUUAGUGCCCUAGAGAAGUUUGUGGAACUUUCUCAAGAAACACGGUCACGAUCUUUUUCCCACUCACGGAUGGAGGAAUUGGGUGGAGGAAGGGGUGAGAGCUGUCGACUGUCAGUGGUAGAAGUGGCCCCUUCUGAAGUGACAGCUGACGACCAGAGAAGCAGCUCUUUGAGUAAUACUCCCCAUGCGUCGGAAGAAUCUUCAAUAGAUGAGGAACAGUCAAAGGCAAUCUCAGAACUGGUCAGCCCAGACAUUUUCAUGCAAUCUCACUCGGAAAAUGCAAUUUCUGUCAAAGAAAUUGUCACUGAGAUUGAAUCUAUUAGUCAAGGAGUUGGGCAGAUUCAGCUAAAAGGAGACAUUUUAUCCAACUCAUGCCAUACACCAAAGAAGAACACCGUCCAUGAGAUGCCCCUUGACAGGCCCCAGGCUCCAGAGAACAAACCCGGGAAUCUGGAGCAGAAUGAGGGCUCCUGCUCAGCCCAGCCUGAACUAGCCAAAGACUCAGGGAAGUGGGACCCAGAAGGCUGCCUGACUGUACACUCAUCCAUCACAGACUUGGAAGAAGAGGAACCAGCUGAGGGGGAACAAGAGCUAUGGGGCCCAGGGAUGCACCCAGGUACCAAGUGGUGCCCAGGGUCUGUGAGACGAGCCACCUUGGAGUUUGAGGAGCGCUUGAGGCAGGAGCAAGAGCACCAUAGUGCCACCCCUGCUUGUACCUCAUCAUCCACUCGCAAGAACUCCAAGAAUGAUUCCUCUGUGGCAGACCUAGCACUGAAAGGAAAGAGUGAUGAAGCCACCCUAGAACAUUCAUCUGUCCCCAGGGAACCAGAGAUGAACAAGGGCAAAGGGAAAUGCAGUGGGUCUGAGUCUGGCUCACUACUGCAUUGUGAGCAAGAUGUCAUUGUUCCAGCACCCAAGCUACUGGAUUUUCAUCCCUCGCCAGCUCCUCAGGAGUCAGAGGCUAGAACCAAGCAGCAAGGAUUCCUGAAGGAGCAGAGGACUAUGGUUUCGUGCCAGGGAUCUGAGCCACAGGCAGUCCCUCUUCCCAAGCAGAUAGAAGUCAUUGAGUGCACCCGCACAGUUACAUCACCUGCUCACACUAGGCCUGGGGGUGAAGUAGCCACCAGGGAAAAGAGUAGGGAGCAAGAACUGAGGGAGGCGAAAGUGGAGAAGGCUGUCACUGUCCUCUCUGCAUUGGACGAAAAUCUGAACAGGACAAUGGGCCCCAGCCAGGUCUCUCUGCCCCACAAAGUGCUACCUCUGCCUCAUUCUUCCUUUCCUGAGCACGACAGGCCCACUGACCCAGCUUCCACCCUGAGCAGCCCUGAAGAGAGGGACAGCAGCCUGGCAACAGUCCUGGACACAGCAGCUCCUUUUGUCAGUCACACAACCCAUGUACCAUCUGCCAACUUGGAUUACCUGCAUCCCCAGACUGUGGUUCACCUGGAAGGCUUCACAGAGCAAAGCAGCACCACAGACAGUGAGCCCUGCACAGAGCAGGGUAGCUGGCAAGAAAAUGAGGGGGGCCCCCUCUCCAGUGGCAGUGAAGUGCCAUAUGAGGGCUCCCAGUUCAGUAGUGAAGACUUAAGUUUAAUUAACAAACUUAGUGACAACAUUGGAAAGUUACAAGAAAAACUGGACCUAUCACCUGUAGCCUAUAGACUCCCAUAUAGCUCUAGUAGUGACAGUGUAAAGAGUCUCAGGCACAGCCCCAGUGUGCCGAAGGAGCACGGUAAAGAAAUCGAGCCCCGAGCGAUUUGCCAGGUAGGGAUCACCAAACCAUCCCAAAUGAGGCGUUCAGCUUCCCUCGCCAAGUUAGGUUACUUGGAUCUGUGUAAAGACUGUUUACUGGAGAGGGAGGCUGUCUCCUCUGAGUCCCCUCAUCUCAAACUGCUUCAGCCCUUCAUCAGAACAGACUCAGGCAUGCAUGCCAUGGAGGCCCAGGAGCCUCCAGAUAACCCAGAUGGCCCCCAGAACCCAGAGCCCACCAUGUAUUUUAUAGAGCAACUUAAAACCACAGAGUGUAUCGCACAGAGCAAGCCAGUGGAGAGGCCCCUUGUACAGUAUGCCAAAGAAUUUGGUUGCAGUCAGCAGUGUUUGUUCCCCAAGGCACGACCUGCAUUGACUAGUGCUGAAGGAGGCCUUGCUUUGCUGCAGACCCAGGGGCUGCAGUGUGCAGGCCCCGCUGCAGGGCUGGCUUUGGCUGCCCGUCAGCAGCACGGCAGAACUCACCCCCUUAAGAGACUGAAAAAAGCAAAUGACAAAAAAAGGACAACCAACCCCUUCUAUAAUACCAUGUGAUUCUGAGCCUACACAUGUGACUUUCUAAAAGAAAUGUUUGUAAAAGGGACAGGUGUAAUAUGUAAGGAACAUGCACUUUAUUGGUUAAUUUUAUAAUAUUUUGGUCAUUUUACUGUUCCUGGCGCAUGCAGGGUUUGGGGUUUUUUUUCCUCUGUGUAUGUAUGAGAGAGAGAUUGAUUUGGACAGCAAGACCAUUUUAUCAUUUUUUAUUUUUAGAAAAUUCAAACCUCAAAAUAUACUCAUUUUUGAAGAACACCUUUAUCAAAGGCAAAUUGCUGUUUUUCAAUCAACUGCCACCUGCUCCUCAUUUUGCCCUCGGAGAAAAGGCAUGCUUGCUUGAUUGAGGAAGAAAGCAGAUGAGCAGUGGGGUGAAGCCGGAAAGUGAAAAGCUCCCCUCACCCCUCGGGCCUGUAUGACGAUGGUUUGCUCUCCAGACCUGAUGCAUCAGAUGGGCUCAAGGGCAGCCAGACAUGAGCGUGGCCUCUCAGCCUUGGCUUCCAGCCCCAGCCCAUUGGAGUUCCUGGAGGGGGCAGAUUCUGCUUGGUUUUCAAAGGGGCUGUUCCAGAACCUAUUUCUGCUGAUAUUCCAGAGUGGAUCAUUACAGAAGGCGUGAUGAUAGCUGGCUUUGUAAACUUGUCAAGCAAAUUUUUUUUCUAUUAAAUUGAGUCAACCCCAAAUGAAAUCAGAGCUGUCCUCUGUAGAGGAAGGCAUAAGAAGGAGGUGAUGAAAUAAGGGAGUGAAGAGGCUGCUGCUCACUGCCUUUGGGGUGACAGGCUCCACACAGGUGGUGGUCCCAGCCCUCCCUGCCCGGAAAUGUGCUCUGCAGCAUCCUCCCAACUGAGGCACAAUAGGGACGAGUUUGAAAAACAGCAAUUGGAAGUCACUGUGUUCUUGUAAAAUGAAUACAUAUGUAGGGUUUUAACCCUUCCAUUACUUGAAUAAUUCUGUGGGCCUCUGAGUUUAAUGGCCAUAUUUUUCUCCAAUUAUUUUGUUCCCUCCUGCUGUUUCUCCCAGUACUGCCUUUUUAAAAAUUUCAUUGGUGAUAUUUGAAUUGUUACAUUACAUUUGUAUAACCUCCAUUGAUGCAAAGUUUUCUUUUUAAUAUUAUCACUGUUAACACUUGACAUAAGUUUUUUUCCCUUUCUCUUCCUGGAAGAUCUGUCAUUUCUCUAGUUUUUACACAGUAUUUAUGUACAUAAUGUCACUUUCUUACAGUGUUUUGUUGUUAACGUCAUAGGGUCUAUUUGAUUUAUUCUUUUUAAGAAGGAAUAAAACUGCAACUGGAAAACACAGACACCACAGAAGUAAAACUGGUGGGUGUUGGUAGGAAUCUGCAGAGUAUAUUGACAGUUGUUUUAAUUGUUUAAAUGGAGAUUUCUAAUUGCCAGUUCCUGCCAAAUUAUGUGUUAGUGAUGUCCUCCUGAGAGAAACCCCUAAGCCUAGGUUCCCAUUAGUUCACAGUUUGACUGAAGGCUGAGUCCUCUUUAAGACUGAAAUCCCAGAGUUUGCCAGUAGCUGAACCUCAGCCAGGGAGUGUAUAGGAGUGUUAACUGCUUCCCAGGGUGGAAGCUCCUAAUGGAUUAGGCUGGAAGGCUGCAGGCCCUUAAUGACUCCAUUUAGGAUGCUGUUGCUUUGCUGCUACUGUGGAGAUUUAACAGAGGAGCACCUGCCAUAAACAAGCCUAUUUCAGCUUCUUACAGAAAACAUAUUUAGCCUGGAAUGAAGCACCCUCAUCAAAACUGAAGAGGCUUGCAAAUUUGCUUCCCGUUGGCUUUGUUUGGUGUCCACAUUGCUGAGAGAUUGGCCUAGUAUAGACUUGAGAUUCAGGUUUUUGGUUCAUCACCACACAGACUGUCAGGGUGAUGUCAGAGUCCAGCGUUUGGUGGAGCAGGUAGUAGGGUGACCCGAAGGUGAGAGAAAAGGCAGGCGGAGGCCACUCAUGGGUACUCCAGGAGCUGUGAACCCAGGUGCCCUGUGGGAGCCAUGGUUGCAUCUGACCUCACUGCCAAAAGGCAAAUCGGACAGAAACCUGCUAUAUGUGUUUAUGGUAUAGUGAUUGUACGUACCUGUACUGUCCCUAAAUAGAUUUCUUAAAUUUUCAAAUGUGUCUUGCACACGGCUUUGUGAUUCCUGGAUAUUGACUGUGUUGUAAAGUGUUUUGUUGGGUGGUAUAUAGCAGUGUGAGGUGGCUUGCAAGACAGGGCUGUGAUUUUCCAGAGCUCAUCCUUCUAAACUGUCCUGUGUUACUGAGGCAAUUCCACCACCACUAUGAUCAGGAAAAGACAGGAGAUUUUGGCAGGGCUGGGAAGAAGAGGAUUUGCUGGGAGGUUAAGAGAGUGGUAUUCACUCAUGUUGAUCCCUCGAGAUGGUGACAUCCUUCACGUUAAGAACUACAAGCAGGAUGGACAAGGUUGCGUUGUUCUCUCUCCCCCCACUCCUAUGGUGUUUGAUGCCCAUUCUCACUGCAUUAAAUAACAACAAAGAUGGGAAGCGAACCCUGUAAUGCUGUGGAGAAAAACAAAAAGUUUUUUAAAGAGUAGAGCAGCGAUUUGCCACACUUUUUUAUCUCAUGGCACGCAAACCAAUUACUAAAAUUCUGCAGCACAACAAACACAUUUUUUGCCAAACUGAGAAAAAUAGGCAUAAUUGUGAUUGGUUUAAAAAAAGUAAUUAACUGCCCUUUUUGCCCCAAAAUGACUUGUUUAAAAAUCAGGUGCCUAUGCCUACAUAUAAGGAUUUCUGGUACCAAGAAUUAACCAAUCAGAUACAACCUUAUUAUGUGACAUGACCAAUAAGGUACAACUCUGUUAUAUGACCUAUAUAUUUAUGGUUCAAGACAGGGCAUUCACAUCAGGUGGCUAUUUGCUGUGUUGGCUGUUGUCAUUGUUUAAUUUAACAGUCUAAGGGAAAAGAGGUCAGUGCCCCUGACUAAACAGGUAUUGCAAGUUCAAAAGUCUUGCAGCACACUGGUUGAAAAUCACUAGAGUAAGCAAUUCUUGCUCUGCCUUCCAUUUUCAAAAAUAAUUUUUAUUACAUAAUUUUUCUGCCUAAAUAAAUGUCCUCUACGCAAGGUCUGUAAUUCAGCCAGUGCCAUGGGGUUUUUGCCAGCCCUCUCGAACUCCCACAGCUGUGUGUUCUUGUGUUGUUUACAUAGCUGAGCUAUGUCCAGGAAAAGAAUAUGAUGAGCUAUCAAGGACUUCAGACUUUCUUCUCUUCAAACUUUGAUAAUCUCGGGGGACCUGUUUCCCUUUCCUGUUCGUGGAAAAUUCAGCCCUGGAACAACAGGCCUGGUAGGUUGACAGAGAUGAGUAGGAAAGGCUUUGACCUCUUGCUCGGUGCCUCUCUUUACCGUUUUUGAAAACCGCCAUAGUCUGACUCCCGUUUACUAUGGAGGACCAUGUGUGUGAGUGUGUAUGUGUGUAAAAAGUAACAUUUUGGUGCAUGGGGUAAAAGCCCAGCAGCACAGAGAUUUUGAGCUGUAAUCUGGAUGGUUACCUGGCCAGUAGGAAGGAAAGAAACCCUUACCCUUUCUUAAUUUUAGAAACACUUAGGAAUAGUAUAUAUUAUAGUAUACAUGUAGUGCUAUAGUAUAGUGAUAUUCAUCUCUUCUCAUUUUGGUUGCCUUUCAGAUUCUGAAUGUUUGGGAUCAUUCCUAGCAUCUCAGCCUCUUCCGGCUCUUUAUCUAGCAUUAUCCUGGUUCUGUACCUUUAUCCCUACUAUAUUUCCUCUUUCUCGUUUUGGAAAUUACCAAGAGCUCCAAGGACAGCCAGCCUGAGGAUCCCAGCCUAGGUUCUGAGGUCCCCUCCUGCUAAAGGGCCCCAGUCAGAUGCUGUUGGAUAGACCUGUAGCCUCUGAGAUGUGGCAGCUCUCAGAAAUCUUCACCUGUUCCAUCUGAGGAUUUCAGUUCUGAAGUUAUCUAGGCAUGUUUGGUAAAGAUGUUUUUAUGGGAAAUUUUUUUUAAGAAAGUGUUAUGCAAAAAGGGUCACUUUUAAGGGCAUUUUUAAAUAAAGCCAUUCUUUGGCUUUUUUGAACAACUAUUUGUGGAUACUUUGUUUACAUUGUGUGAGUAUUAAAGUAUGCAUCAUGUUGGCAGCUCAGUCUCCUCCUCCAGGGACCCAGACCUGGCUGUCCUGUGAGUCUUCGCACAGAGCGAUACGAUCAUGGUCAGCCCCCGUGGGUAAGUGGGGAACACCUGGAGCUGACUUCCAUCUGUGCCCUGUGCUCCCAUCCAACACUCUAUGGAAAUAGUCGUCAUUUCCUCAGUGAUGGUGUGUCUUAUAGUGAUGGUUGUACUGGUGAAUGGCUACUGUCAUUUUUGUUUAAUUUUGUUUUGCUUUUUGAUGGUAGAUGAGAUGAAAUUUUAUUUCUUUCAACACCAAUCCAACUUAAAAGGAUCUUGGACUUGGUUUUCCCUUUCAAAGUAAAAGAACAAGGCAUGUAUUAGACAAACGUAUUUGGUGUCUCAACUCAUCUGAUCCCUGUAUUAGGAAAAAGCCUGCCACCAAAGCAGGAAGCUGCGCGCUCCUAACCCUUCUCCCAGGCCUUGGGGUCCCUUGAUGCCAUGGAGAGCUGUUGUAAGUAAGGUGCUUCUAUACUUUUCCAGCCUGGAAGUGGAGGGUGGCCCAGCCUGACUCCUGCUAUGAAAAGAGAACUAGCCUCAUUUUCUCGGUGCCCCGGAGAUCUAGGACAGGAUUUCUAAACUGGAAUCAGCCUUCAUGGGCUAGAAGAUGCCCCAAGGGGUAUAGGACAGGGGCUGCCAUCUGUGUCCUCACUGCAACACUGAUGACAGCAUCCUGUGUACACACGCAGACCUAAUGCCCGGGGCUUAACUCAGUCUGAUGACCCAGUCUGAGAACUGGGUAACUGGCCCUGAAAUGUUUCCCAGUCAGUAAGCCCACAGGGAGUUGUUUAAUUUUUAUGUUUUAUUGGAUUUUGGUUUGCUUGGUAUAGCUUAAGGUGCCUUUUCUUUCUUUUUAUUUCUUUCUACAUUAUUUUAUAGGACUCGUUCUAAAUGUGGGAAACAAGUCCAAAAGACUGUUACCUUUGCCCCAGGCCACCCCAAACUUUUAUGCUCAUAUUUUAUUAAAUAAAGCAGGUGCUCCCUGGAAUCUCUGGGACCUUUUAGAGGCAUUUGAAGCAGAAUAUAGAGUGGUCUCAUCUCCUUCCGUAAUCUUCAUGGUGGUUGGGAUGUCCACUUGUAUCAUAGAUUUUUUUAUUACUGAUGUGCUCCGCUGUUUUUAAAUGUGAACUUGUGCGCAAAUGUGCAGAUUCAAUGUUCUUGUUACAGACUGAAUAAAUUUUUAUUUUGAA